AUGUCAAGUCAUGAACAUUUCCAAAAUGAGUCAAGUCAAGUCAAGUCAGGGCCCUGCAUAAAAAACAUAAAAGAAUUUAACGACACGAGUAGAAUAAAACUUUUCAAUUCAUUGUCUUCAAUGCCACACGUGUACAAAGAUCAAAAAUGUAUAACAAAGAAACCAAAUUAUGGAAAGUCUCCGCAUCAGCAUUCGCACAAUUCAACAUUCAUGAUUCAUGAUCAAAUACCAACAUCUUAUAGCGGAAAAAAGAGAAAUAGCUCCAUUCAUAAUUCUUUUGUAACAUUCUACAACGUUGGGGACUCUGAAACAACUUUAUUUCAGUUCAGCUACAAAAGCAGAAAAGUUUCAUGUUGA